UUCUCCAUAUUCUCACAUCUCUGUGGACUUCGGGCUCUCACAAUCACAUCAUUCAUUUCGUCCUGCCAUUAGCUAGACUCCAGCUAGAAAAAAAACACUAAGUUGACAUUUCUCCAGUCUGGGGCAUGAGAAGAGCCUCUUGUGUUACAACACAUUGAUGGAAACUGAAACAACAUUUUGAUUUUUGAGGUAAAUGGUAUUUUUAUGCGGUUGGAUGCAUUUGGACCGAAAGAAAAAUAAGAUGUAGCAGGUAGCUCAGACCAUGGCAUUGGAGAGAAAAUAAGGAGAGUCCAUCUGCCAAUAUUUUGUCGCAUGACAACACGUAUAUGUCUAGAAUGCAUGCACACAACAAAUAAAUUAUGAACGCUGUUCGCCUUGCCAAAGCAACAACACGAUCACUCCAAACUAGAUCCCUCCAUUCCUGUGUCACCUCUCCAGCCCCCAAAAAACAACACAUUCCCGAGACUCCACCCUUCCUUCGCCUCCUGGAUGAAUUCCAUCAGCUCUGACCAUCUCGGAGUACACGGCUCAAUAUCAGGAGCUCCUGUUUUGAUCAGCUUCAACGCAAGUUUGAAAAUGUCCUGGACGCAGCCCGUUCUUCUCACCUGUCUCAUCGUAGUGCUCACCAUCACCUUAUUCAAAGGAGCAGACACUGCCGCUGUAUCAGAUAAAAAGGACGUAAAGGCAGCCGAUCCUCAAGGUUCGCCGCCGAAGAUCUUCAUGUCGGAGGCAGACGCCUCCAACUUUUUCAAACGGCGAAGCAGGAGGGCUACGAAAACACAGGAUGAGAUAAAUGCCGAACAGAGGCAGAGACAGGCAGCAGAUUUGAAGAUGAGACAGUAUCAUGAAGAGCAAAGAAAUGAGUUUGAGAAUUACGCUGAAGAGGAACAUGACGAGCAAGAUGAGCGGACCAGAGAGAGCACAGAGCAGUGGAGAGAGUUUCAUCAUGAUGGUCUUGACCCUUCUUAUGAGUACAACCGACACACAGUCUAAAAAACUGAGAUUAAAGGGAUAGUUCACUUUAAAAUGACAAUUCUGUCAUCAUUUACUCAUCCUCAUGUUGUUCUAAAACUGUAUGAAUUUCUUUUUUCUGUUGAACACAAAAGAAGAUGUUUUGAGAAAUGAUGGUAAACACACAGCAGUAAGUGACCAUAGACUUCCAUAGUGGGAAUAAAAAAUAUGAUGGCAUUUAAUUGGUACCGUCAACUGUGUGCUUACCAUCAUUUAUUAAAAUAUUUUCUUCAUCAUUUAUCACAAUACUUCCAAAAUAUUUUUUCCUACUAGGCUAUAGAAGUCAUUGUGUUUACCAUCAUU